AUGGGCGUCCGUCGGAAAAAGGGCACGCGUCCUGUGCGUGGCACGGUGGUGCGCGAGAGCGAUGUGCCGUGGAUCACGAUGCCUGUGGCCUCGGCCUCAGAAAUGGUCAACGAGACCACCGACGACGGGUUUGAGACGCUGGAUAUGGGCGGCGAUGACUUUCUAGGCCUGCAAACGGCCGAAGGAUUCGAUGUGGUGUACGACCUGGACGAGACAGGGCAGCACAAGCGUGUGCGCAUCGUCAAAGUGGACGACAAGAAAAAGAAGGCGAAGCAGGCGCCCGCGAAGAAAGAGCCUAGCACACCUGCGCCAUCCACGGACGAGCCCACCGUACGCCCACGCAAGGCGGCGCAGCAAGACGCCCGGUCCCUGCCCUCCGAUAGCGAUCUGGGCUCCCUUCUCCAAUCAGCUCGUGAGCAGAACUUGCUGCAAGACGACGAUGCAGGCGACGACGACCUGGAGGCGGCCGAGACGGCGUUGCCAGGCUGGGCCUCUGUACCACUGCAUGCACGCCUGAAAAAGGCGCUGGCGUCGUUGCAGUUUGAGCGGCCCACGCCUGUGCAGGCCCAAACGCUCCCACCCUCGCUGGGUCUCGAAGGACCGCCUCGCGACGUGGUCGGCAUUGCACAGACCGGCUCCGGUAAGACACUGGCGUACGGACUGCCGGUGCUGCAGUACAUUCUGGAGCAUACAGCGCAUUCGGACGAUAGCGAUCGGCCGUUGGAUGCGCUGAUCGUUGCGCCGACACGUGAACUGGCGCUUCAAGUAUGCACGCAUUUGCAGGCGGUCGUUGAUGCCGGUGGCCGCUUUGCCAAUGUCGCUGCGGUGUGUGGUGGCAUGUCCGUACAGAAGCAGGAACGUGUGCUAAAGCAGCAUGGCGGUGCACAUAUCAUAGUCGCUACGCCAGGUCGUCUGUGGGACAUGCUGAAGCAUGACGACCACUUGGCGAUGCGUGUGCGUCGUACGCGUUUCCUGGUCAUCGACGAGGCGGAUCGUAUGGUCGAAGCUGGGCAUUUUGCUGAGAUGGAUGCGAUUUUGCGGAUGGUCAAGCGGACCAAGGGCACGGCCGUGGAUGCCAACCAGGCCAUGCAGACGUUUGUGUACUCGGCCACCAUGACCAAGGCCUUGCAAACGAACCUCUCGAAAGCACAUUGGCGACGCAAGCAACGCAAAGGCGAGGCGAGCAACACACUCGACGAUCUCUUGUCGCGCAUUGACUUCCGUGACGAGUCGCCGUUGGUCAUUGAGCUCACGCCUCAAAAGCACGUCGCGGAAACGCUCUGGGAGGCCAAAGUGGAGUGCCUCGGCAAAGAAAAGGAUACCUACUUGUACUAUAUCUUACUGCGCUACCCCGGCCGGACAUUGGUGUUUUUGAAUGCCAUCGAUGGCGUUCGCCGCCUGGUACCUCUGUUAACGACGCUCGGCAUUCCGGCGUACCCACUGCAUGGCCAGCUGCAGCAGCAGCAGCGCCUGAAGAACCUGGAUCGGUUCCGAAAGACGAAGAACUGUGUUCUGCUGGCCACCGAUGUCGCUGCGCGCGGUAUCGAUAUCCAAGGCGUGGACCAUGUCGUCCACUUCCAGUUGCCGCGUUCCGCUGAUACGUACGUGCAUCGCGCUGGACGUACGGCACGUGCAGGUCAUACAGGUGUCUCUAUUGCGCUCAUUGAGCCCAGUGAGCAGCGGUUAUGGCGGGAUAUUUGGCGGACUCUGCAGCGUGACGACAAUGUCGCGCCGCUGCCCCUGGAGUACUCAUUCCUCGCUCCGAUCCGCGAGCGAAUCGCGCUUGCCAAGGAAAUCGAUGCGUGUAUGCACUCACACAACAAGGAGGCACAUGACGAUGCAUGGCUUCGAAACCUCGCACAGGAGGCCGAGUUGGACUUGGACAGCGAUGAUAGCGAUCCGGAUGCAGACGCCGUCUCGAGCAAGAAACGCAAGCGUGCGUCCUCCACAGCCAAGGUCGCCAGUCUCAAGCAGCAGCUGGCGGAGAUGCUCGCGCGGCCCUUGCAUGCGCGUGGCGUAAGCCAAAAGUAUCUUACCAGCACGGCCCGCCCCGACUUUGUGAAGGCGUUAUUGGCCGGCGAACAUGCACCGCAGAUGCUAGGCCUUCGGAACUCGUCGGCGCACGCGGAUAUGGCCGCUGCUGGGACGAAGAAUGGCAAGGGCAAGGCCAAGAAACAGCGUACAUAG